AUGCCCCGAAUCCUCUGCCUGCAUGGGAAAGGCACCAGUGGUGCCAUCUUCAAGUCCCAAACGUCUGCGCUGCGCGCUCGAUUAUCUGACUUGCAAAUCGACUUUGAGUUUGUCGAUGGAUUUUAUACAUCUGAUCCGGCUCCAGGGAUUGACCUUUUCUAUCCACCUCCUUAUUACUCCUUCUGGGAGCAAGACAAUAUCGAAGCCGUUUUCCAUAGUCGAGACUGGCUCGUGAACUACCUAAGAACCAAUGGCCCUUACGAUGCCCUCAUGAUGUUUUCACAAGGAUGCGCUGUCGGCUCAUCCACCGCCCUCCUUCAGUUGCUCGAAGAGCCAAAUCAACCCUUGCCCUUCAAAGCUGCCAUCUUCAUCUGCGCGGGAGUGCCGCUACGCGUGCUGGAAAGGGUGGGGUAUAAAAUUGCCCCCGAGGUCUGGGACAAGGACAUCGUGACCCGGAAGGCACUAGCAGCACAGGCCGACUCCUCAGCGAUCUUGUCACAGGGCUCGAUGCGUUGGCAGGGGGAGAAGGGGCCCAGGGCGUCUGAGGCGGAUGUCCGGAAGGAAAUCGCGCCUUCAAACGUCCAGAUUGAUAUCCCAACGGUGCAUAUAUACGGUGAUAAGGACCCACGAUGGUCCGCUGGCAUUCAGCUGUCCCAGGCGUGUAACGCAGGCAAGAGGAAGAUGUAUAAUCACGGUGGGGGGCACGAAGUUCCUCGUACGAAUGAGGUGACUACGAGUAUGGCAGAGUUGGUUAGAUGGGCAUUGCGAGAGGGCGCCGUGAUUUGA